AUGCAAAAAUUCAUUGAUAAAGUUAAGUUACAAAAUACACAGGAAGAUAAUUCCAAUAAUAAAAGAAUUUUAAAUAAAAAAAUAUACUUUGACAAUCUAUUGAACAAAAAAAAUAAAGAAGUAAAUAAAAUAGAAGAAGAUAAAAUAUUAAACGUUGUUAAAACAUAUUAUCAAAUGAAGUUAAAAAAAAAGGCUUUUUUAAUAAUUUUAAAUGAAUAUUACAGAAUACAAAGUAUAUUAUGUGUUACUAAGUUGAAUGAUACUUACAGAAGAUGGAAAAUUGUCUUUUAUAUCUUUUUAAAAAAUAAAUACUCAUGUAAAAUAAAAAAAUGUGUAAGAGAAUCAUUAGGUUACAUUAUUGAAAUGCAUCAAAGAACAAAUUUAAAAUCACACUUUUUUAAAAUUCUGAAAAACAAAAUUUUUAACAUUAAUAAAAUAUAUUUAAAAAUAAAAAAAAAAAGAGUUAAUAAAAUUAUGAAGAAUGUAUUUUAUAAAUGGUUUCUUUUGUCAAUGAAAAGUUUGAAUAGUAAAUUUGAAAAAGCGUGGGACUAUUAUAUUUUAAGAAAAAAAAAGAGAGUUUUUUACCUUUGGAAACGUCUGAUAGAUGAUGAAAAUUUUUUUAAAAAUAUUGAUAUGACAUUUUUUAAAUUAGAAAAAAUAGCAUCAUCAUGGAUGGAAAAAUGA